AUGAGUCAACAAAUUGCACCUGCACCAAGUCCAAGGCCCAAGGAAGAAGGAAAAGCUGGGGUUCCUUUCGAAAUAAUGGCCAAUUUUUUAGAAGUUAAAAAGUUCGGAUUUCCUACUAUUAAAUCUUAUACUUUAGAGAUUUUAAAUCAGAAUCGAAUGAAAGCCAAUAAAAAAGUUUCAGAUGAAGUAUUUUUGCAAAUGUUAAAGGAAAAGAAAUUUGGUCCCAAAGCGUAUGCAGCAUUUGAUGGAAAUAUUGUGUAUUCCCUUAAUGAUCUUAUUAGUGGUGGUACUAAUAGCAGAAGAAUAGAUAUUAUGUUACCAGGAGCAGGAGAUGCGGGUCGCCCGAAAAAAUAUACUGCGUACUUAAAAUAUUCGCGACCAUUUGAUCUGGCGGAGAUGAAAGAAUAUAUUAAAGUUGGAUCAAAUCAACCAUGGGAUUCUAGUAUUCAAACUAUAUAUAUUGUUCUCAAUGCAUUUCUAAAUGCCAAAGUUCGAACCCAAUUUUUAUCAUAUGGUAAAAAAGCAAUAUUUCCAGAACCAUCACAAAGCAAUAAAACAUUUUUGCCGGGAGGAGUUGAAUUAAAGAAAGGGUUUUGGCAGACCAUGCGUCCAGGAUGGAAUAAAUUGUUAAUCAACAUUGAUAUAUGCGCAACCACAUAUUAUCCAUCAGGAAAUUUAAUUGAUAUUAUUCCUUAUAUUAUUGCGGAUGUUGAGAGUCCGGGAAUGAGAACGAAGAAUGAUUUGAGAAGAGGAUUGUCUAGACGGGAAAUUAUAUGUCUUCAAAAAUUUAUAAAUGGAUUGAGUAUAACUACUAACUCAUCACGAGGGGAUAGAGGAAUGAAACCAUGUCAUAAAAUAGAUAGAAUAACAGAUAAAUCAGCUGACGAAUGUAGAUUUUAUUUAGAAGGAAAGGGACAAAUUAGUGUUUCACAAUAUUAUAGAGAUCAUAUAGCAGCAUUGGAAUUUCCUUUAUUACCAUGCGUUGUGGUGAAGAAACCCAAACGAGAUGAUAUAUUAUUACCGUUAGAAAAAUAUGGGACAGAUAUCCUUAAUUCAGCUCAACGUAAAGCUAUGAUUGAAAAGACAGCGAUUCAUCCUAAUGACAGAUUUGAUGCUUUGAGAAAAGCAUCACAAACAAUCUAUAAACAUCAAUCUGAUGAAAAUUUAGCAUCAAUUGGAAUGGAAAUUGAUAAAGAUUUUAUUAGAAUUCAAGCGCGACUACUUCCACCCCCCAAAUUAAUUGAUCGAGAUAAAGAAGAAAUAAUUCCAGAUUCUAGUAAUAAUUGGGAGGUUAAAAAAUUUGUCAAGGGAUGUGAUAUCUAUAAUUGGUCAGUAGUUGUAUUUGAAGAUAUUAAAGAAUUACCUAAACAAUUAUUACAAAAUGCAUUAAUUCAAUUAAUGGAAGCAUUAGCACAUAAAGGAAUUAAUGUACAAAAUAAUCGUCCUUCCAUUUAUUAUGCCAAUCCUCAAGGAGAUUACGAAAAAUCACUUCAAAUAGGUUCAAAUAAUGCUUAUAAAGACAAGACACGUGCACCACAGUUGAUUAUUUGUGUCGUUCAAAAGAAGACAAAAGGAGAUUCGGGAAUUCAUCCAAUUAUUAAAAAGAUUUGUGGAGUUGAAUUGGGAGUAAUCACUCAAUGCAUUGUAGCUUCGAAUAUGAAAUUAGAUAUUAAAUGGCGACAAAUUUGUUCUAAUUUAGCACUUAAAAUUAAUGGAAAAUUGGGUGGUGUUAAUUCAACUUUGAUUAAUAAAGAAUUAAAAUUUAAGACUGCUAAAACAUCAAUGGUUUUUGGUGCAGAUGUUUUUCAUCCUAGUAAAGAGGAUAAGAAAAAAGGUCGUCCUAGUGUUGCUGCUGUUUGUGCCUCAAUGAAUCCCGAAGUUACAAAAUACGUGGCACGUUACGAUAUGAACAGAACGUUAAACAAUGAAACCAUAGAAAGAAUGGAUAAUAUGACUAAAGAAUUACUUAUAGAAUUUGAAAAACAAAAUAAUGGGGCACUUCCUGACCAAAUUAUAUUUUAUCGUGAUGGUGUGGCCGAAGGUCAAUUCGAAAUGGUUAUUAAUGAAGAAAUUUCUGUCAUGAAAGAAGUAUUUAAAGAAGUUUAUGGAUCCAAAGAUCCACCAAGAUUAACAUAUUUAAUUGUACAAAAGAGACAUCAUGCAAGAUUUGUACCCGUUAACUCUGAGGAUGCGGAUCCCAACGGUGGUAAUUGUAAACCUGGCACCGUAGUUGAUACAGGAAUUGUUGUUCCUCAAUAUUUUACAUUCUUUUUACAGAGUCAUGCAAGUCCACUUGGAACAGCUAGAUCUACCUAUUAUCAUGUCAUUCUAAAUGAAGGUAACUUUACCGCAGAUGAAAUUCAUGAACUCACAUAUAAACUUUGCUUUUUAUCUUCGAGAUGUAAUCUUUCGAUAUCUCACGUUACACCUGUUCAUUAUGCGCAUCAUGUUGCUAAUCAAGCUAAACAUUUCAUGAAAUGGGAUGUAAUACCAGAAGAAAGAUUUGGUGGUCGUGGUGGAAGAGGAGGAAGAGGUGGUAGAGGUCAAAGAGGUGGUAGAGGUGGUAGAGGUCAAAGAGGUGGUAGAGGUGGUGGAGGAGGAAGUAGUGGUGGUGGAGAUAUGUCACCUACUGAAAAACCAAAAGUGAGAAAUGGGCAGUGUGAAAUUGUUAGGAAUUCUAUUUUGAAUAAAAUGUAUUUUGUUUGA